AUGACUAUUGGGCGGAAGGGGAUGCCACGCCCCCAGCCUCCAACGCGCACGCGCAUCUUCCUCCAAUCACUGCUCUCUCAUCCCCUCCAACUUAUCUAUCCCUUUUAUCCCGGACCUCCUGCUUUCAUUGAACCCAAUACACGAUUGAUUCCAACCUUUUUCCAAUACAGUUUGCGAGGAUACAAUUCGACAAGGCGGGAAGACAGCCCUCAGCCUAGCGGACUUCUUCACCUCAGGCCAACCCCGACCUACAGCCUAAAACAAAACGGUUAUAGUGGGAGCGGCGGUGAAGGACCCGGAGGUGGCGAAGAAGGUGGAGGUGGUCCGGCCUAUGAGUACCAAUCCUUGGACCCUGGACCUCCAGCGUACAUGGACCCUGACUUCUACACGGGUAGUCACAUCUUGGACCCCAAGUACCACCCCCACUACUCCAAAGCGGCCUACCUAAGGGCAGGUAGUCGAUAUGGACAAAAUGAUGGAUACAAUGAUGCUUAUAAUUAUGAUGGAACACCACCAUAUCAAACUGUCCCAAAUUUAGCUGCUAGUGGAGGAACAUCAGAAUGGACUCCAGAUAUAAAUUCUCCCCAUCCAGCCUUUUUAUCCCACAAUCCACAGUCUGCACAUGACUCAAAAGUGUUACUGAACCCACCGGUACAUCAUCCAAACUAUUCAAGUGCAGGUGGUGGCCCUUGUUUCACUGGUUCAGGCCCAAUUCAACUUUGGCAGUUUUUACUUGAGUUAUUGACUGACAAGUCUUGUCAAAGUUUUAUUUCCUGGACUGGAGAUGGCUGGGAAUUCAAAUUAACAGACCCUGAUGAAGUCGCUCGUCGAUGGGGCGUCCCAGAAGAAAUGCAUGCUUUAGUUGAACUAAAGCCAGAGAAAAAAGAAGAUGAUUAA